AUGACCAGUGACACGAUGCAGCUUUGUGAUGACAUGAAUGUUGCGGAUCGUGUGGACCAGAUCAUGAGCCUUGAGCCUGUCAUUGACAAGACUGCGCAGACUGUCUCUCUGCAAGACUCUUUCACUGACUUGUGUAGUGUGGCACAUGGGACGAACCUGGCAGCUGCUUGUUCAGCCUUACGCAAUACGAACGGGCAGUUAGUUCCUGUCAGUGUACUUGGGCAACUGCGGGCUUCCGGGGCAACGCCAGAGCAGUAUCUUGGGCAUGCGUUUUGGCUUAUUGUCGGUGGACAACCCUGGGCUGCUGGCAGUGUGGCUGUGUGCGUUGGUGCUCUGGCCAUGCAUCUUUGCGGUGAUCUGGCUGCAUGUUUCUGUGGUCUGGCUGCUUGUGCAUGCCUUGGCCUAGUGCGAAACCCACUCAGGGAUGUGGUCUUCGCAGCAGAUGUCUUACACUUUGGGGUAAAGGCCCUUGAAACAGCCGAGCGCUACUCUCACUCAGAGGCAGGAAUGAUAUUCAAACUCGACAGUUCACGAUCGGUCCGUAGGUCCGAGGCAUCAUUAAUUCCUGCCAUCCUGAUUGGGGAGCUUGUGGACCCUCGAGGUAAAGGUGCAGCACUGAACAAGCAGUUUCAGAAUCCGACAGACGAGACUGUAAAAUCCAUUCCAGUCGGGAACCCGCUGUACGGGAAAACAGUUGAGGAGAUCAAGGAAGAAUUUGCGGACCAGGUCAUUGGGGAGCGACUCAAAAUUCGUGGAAUCUUUGUAGCUCACCCAACGAACGCUGAACAAGAUCCAAGUCUGCUGGAAUUGGUGAAGGAGUUGGUUCGAAGGAUCGCCUUGGAGCAGAGGUGUGACUACUCUGACAUCCAUGUGGGCUUGUUGCGCAAAGAGGUCGCGACGUUUAAGGAGGCGCUUUCAGGGCAUCGAGCGGUGACAAGGAGCGACAUCCAGCUGUAUUUGUUCGGUGGCUAG